AUGGGAAACGCCCUUAGAUUUCUUUAUGGCAAUUGUUGUAAGCCAACCGUAGACUCGGAUUCCCUGGGUCACCAUGGUGUAACCACAGCCACCGUAGGCGUUUCAGCCCUUGCCCAUGAUCUCUAUCUCUAUGAAAUCACCAAUCAGGUUCCUGAAGGACUCAGUAAGCAAGUGGUCUCAUCCAAGAAGGCUCAGGGUAACUGGUACAAGAAACUUUCAGUGGCAUGGAGAGAAGCAAAACCUCCACCAAAAACACCUGAGGAAGCUUCCAGGCUUAUUAUUCAGACCUUAAAGAGACAUCAAAAGGCAGAUGUUGAGGGUCUAUUGGCUUUCUAUGGUCUCCCUCUUCCACACACUCUUGUUGAACUUACUGAUGGGGUUGCCCCUUCGCAUCCCGAUGGACUAUUGUUCGAACUGCAGACACUUACAGUGGAUGCAAAAGCUGUAACAGAUGGAGAUGGUGUAACAGUAUAUGUUAGUACCACAGAUCCCCGGGAGUCAUCGUGCGUCCCUAGAGACGUACAAGUUGCAGCUGUUCAGAGAUCAAAAGCCCGAGCUGAGAGGAAUUUCCAAAUGGCAGAUGCGCUGCACAAGCAAAUUAUUGAAGCAGGAUAUCGGGUGCUACCUAUUCAAAAUGAGGAAGUUCUUGCUCGAAAAUAUCGGAUUCGACUAAGGGGAAUAGAUGCACCAGAGAUUAAAAUGCCAUACGGAAAAGAGGCAAAGGAGGAACUGACUAAGAUUGUUCAGGGCAAGUGUUUGAGAGUUCUUGUCUUUGCAGAAGAUCGUUAUGGUCGUAGCGUAGGUGAUAUAUACUGCAAUGGCAUCUUUGUACAGGAAUCUAUGUUAAAGAAAGGGUAUGCAUGGCAUUAUAAAGCUUAUGACCAACGUCCAGAACUAGAAAAGUGGGAGAAAGAGGCUCGGGCAAAGCAUAUUGGACUGUGGGCUUCGAAAAACCCUGAGAUGCCAUGGGAAUGGAGAAAGGACCGACGUCAAGGAAGAUAA